AUCCCGAACGAUGUACCUUAAUACGUGUGUUUCGUUCCUACUGUUGGGUCUGGUUGUGGUUCAGGCUCUGCCAGCGAGCAAAUUUGAGAAGAAGUCGGUAACUGAUCAGGGUACACCAGCCACGAAGAUUUUAGAACUGAAGGAAAUCGGGGAUGACAAGAACAGGGAUAAGAAAUCCAUCCCAUUCUCCUACACGGAAAAGACUGACGUCCAGGUGUUCAAAGCUGAAGGGGUCCCUCAGGCCCAGGACUGCAACAACCAACAGGGUCAGCAAUCUGCCCAGACAUUGAACGUGAUUCAGGGAACUCAACUGGUCCCCCAACAAUCCUUCAUAGUCCCGCAACAAAUGGUACCCCAGCAAUCCUACAUGGUCCCCCAGCAGAUCGUUCCCCAACAGGUCCUAACUCAGCAGGUGGUUUCACCCGUCCAGACUCUGCAGAUCAUCCAACCGUCCCGACCCUGUCACCCAAGGAUCAACGUGAAAGUCUUCGAAGAUAAACCUCUGCCUACCCCAGCACCCACUACUCCUGCUCCCACACCCAAGGAGAUCAAGGUAGAGUCUGUCCCCGAGACUAAGCAAACUGAGAAGAUGAUCGCGCCCCAGAUGGAACGGUUUGAAACUUUCAACAUGGUCCCUGUGGCACCUGUCUGCAAAGAGGAGCUAAUCGUCGUACCUCAGAAACCUCUGGUUGUCGUGCCAGAACCGACUGUGGUCAAGGUCCCGAAUUGCUCGCACGGAUCUCAUCAGGGGAUAGUUACUCAGUGCAGUUGCGGGCAGCAGGCUGUCUCUGCUGUGAGGACCAAUGGCGUAACGGUCGAUCAACUGAUGGCGAUGAGGGCGCCAGCUUUGAAUGGACCCUAUUCCGGCAGGAUGGCUACUGACUACCACGUUUCCAGGCACUUUUAAAUGGUCUAAAGAUGGUGUGCUUCGGUGGAUCUGACGACCUCAUUGUGGCACGAUUAGGAUCAAUAAUUGAUAUUCACCAAGAUCAAAUAAAAACUAUUACUCACAUAA